CAAGGUUGCCUAGUGACGGCGCCCCCCCUUGAUCGCCACGAGGAAGACGCCGUUUCCAUGGUGACGGGGCCUGCCUGAACCAUGUCGGAUCUAGGCUCGGAAGAGAUCGAAGAGGAGGCCGAGAAUGAUUUGGGGGAAUAUGAAGGUGAACGCAAUGAAGCUGGUGAAAGGCACGGACAGGGCAAGGCCCGACUGCCCAACGGAGAUACUUACGAGGGACAUUAUGCCAAUGGCAAACGAAAUGGAAAGGGAUUUUACAGAUUUAAAAAUGGUGCCCGCUACAUAGGAGAAUACAUUGAUAACAAAAAACAUGGCCAAGGCACUUUUAUUUAUCCAGAUGGAUCAAAAUAUGAAGGAGAUUGGGUAGAGGACCAACGACACGGCAGUGGAGUUUACUAUUACAUAAAUGGAGACACAUACACUGGAGAAUGGUUCAAUCAUAAUAGGCAUGGACAAGGAACAUAUUUUUAUGCACUAACUGGAAGUAAAUAUGUUGGCACUUGGGCAAAUGGACAGCAGGAAGGAGCUGCUGAACUUAUUCACCUUAACCAUAGAUUCCAGGGGAAGUUUGUGAAUAAAAAUCCAAUGGGUCCUGGGAAGUAUAUAUUUGAUAUUGGAUGUGAACAACAUGGUGAAUACAUUCAUGAGGAAAAAGUAGAAGAGGAGGAGGAAGAGGAAACUUUACUACCAGCCAUCCCUAAGUGGAAAGCAUCCAAGAUUACUGGCCUUACACUCUGGGCACCUGAAGAACCUCCUCCUCUUGUAGAAGUAACAGCAGCUGACAAGAUACCAUCCGUGAUGGAACCAUUAACUGAGGACUUAUCAGGAGCAGCAGAAGGUGAAAGUCUUUUGGAAGCUUCUGCAGAAAGUACUGAAGCAACUGCAGAGACAGCAGAGCCCACUGAAACGACAAUUUCACCUAAAGAUGUUGAAGAGGAGGAGGAGUCAGCUAAAGAAGAGCAAAAGGAUUCAGGUGACUCGAGGAAGAGAAGCUAUGGAAGAAAAGGAAGAAGAAACCAAGGAAGCUGAACCUCGAGAGUAAAGGAAAGAAAAGUCAACGAAUACUCAUGAAGUCACAAGACACAAUCCUAUAACCCAAGGGAUGUAAAAGUGCUUUGUUUUCAUGGAGUCAUCCCCAUACUUUCCCCCUCUUUCCUUCAUAUUACUGGCUCCAGUUUUUUUUAAAUAUUACAAGAGACAGCCUUAGUCUCAUUAUUAGAGGCAAGUAUUGAAACUUGGCCCUGCCCCAUCAUCAUUCACUCAUUCCCCAUCUUAUCCCUUCUCCCUCUAUGUUGGUCUUCUUUUAAAACUGAAAUGUCUGUCAAGUUAUUUUCAAUAAAGGCUUUUUUAUAUAUAA